CAAGCAGUAGGGUAUCAGAAAGGAGAAAAUGUUGCUUUGGUUCUGCUGUCUCUUAGUUGCUUGGCCAGUUGGCAUACGCGCAGAGGUGGCGCUGAAUCAAGAGGAUUACAAUAAGACUUGGCUCUAUAUGCCCAAUGGUGAUGGCAAACCCGAGGUGGCUUAUUUAGUGGAACCACCGCCAGAGAACCGCAUCACUUUGCCGCAACUAAUACAAUUUGAAUACUAUGGCAGCGCUGCAGCUGAAGACAAGCGUACUUCUAAUUUCUGGAUAGAUGAAAACGAUUUUCAGCGUGUGCGUCACAAGCGCGACACUUGGCAGGAAAUGGCUGAGAAAUUCAAUCCCGAACUGGACACAAAAAUCCUAGUGCAUGGCUGGAAAUCGAGCACAAUGAGCAACUCCAUACAGUCCAUACGUGGCGCAUACUUAAUGCGCGGCCAGGUGAAUGUGUUUGCUAUUAAUUGGCGUGAUCAGGCGGAUAAUAUAUAUUAUCUAACGCCCGCACGUUAUACGGUACAAGUGGGGCGGGCCGUAGCCAAGUUAAUUGAUUUACUAGUUGAAGAAAAGGAUGCAGAUCCAAAGCGCAUACAUCUUAUAGGACACAGUCUAGGCGCACAUAUAAUGGGCUAUGCAGGCUCCUAUACUAAAUAUCGCGUGAGUCGCAUAACCGGCUUGGAUCCAGCUCGUCCAGCCUUUGAGGAUUGCAUUGGACCCGAGAACCACUUGGACAAUACAGAUGCUAAUUUUGUGGAUGUUAUACACAGCUGUGCGGGCUAUUUGGGCUUUCGCAAGCCCAUUGGCAUGGUCGACUUCUAUCCCAAUGGCGGUGGUCCACCUCAGCCAGGUUGCAAUGAACUAUCGCAGAUCUUUACUGGCUGCAGUCAUGGGCGCUCUUAUGAGUACUUUGCCGAGUCCAUUAAUAGCGACAAAGGUUUCUAUGGCGUGCCUUGCAGCAGUUUGGAUGAGCUACGUGGCAAAAACUGCAGCGGCGGCAGAAUUCUUAUGGGUGAUCAAGUGCCCAUGGACUCGCGUGGCAUUUACUUUGUACGCACUGGAAACAAACCUAGCUUUGCCUUGGGCGUCUACGAUAUCUGGAAUAACAAAGAAGAGGCCAGCAAUUGA